UUUUGUUCGCCGCCCGUUGUUUUCUCUUCUCGAGCCUUGACGGGUUUGACUUGACUUGACUUCCGCAUUCAGAACGUUUUUCAGGGAAUAUAUGAGUUACCACAACGCCUCCUUCAGUUCGGUAUGUAGUAGAAGUUGUUGUUGUCGUCUUCACAUUACCUACAAUCCCGGUCUCUCUAUCCAGCACCUCCUUCUGCCCCAACCCUUAGACGCGGUCCAUUUCUGUGGUCACAGGCUAACUUAACUACAUAAAGGGUAUAAUGUGGACCCCAAGGGGGGGCUCGUGCCUCUCCCCGCCGCUCAACGGCAUCGAGGGCGUCACGGCCAACCGCUGGGGCUGGUACCUCGAGUCGACCUUCGAUUCCACCGACCAGAGCUUCACCUUCGACAUGUAUGCCGGGGCGGGGCAGAACGACCUGUCGAGCGGCGCCCUCGCCGGGAACGUCGUAGUCAACGUGAUUCAAGACGGCUCCUCCGACUACACCGUGCACCCCGCAGACGGCUACUGCUUCGACGACGUCCACGUCCACGUGGGCAACGAGCUGCCCACUAAGACCAAGAAGAGCGUCACGACCCCCACGGUGGCUCCCGGACAGUACUCCCAGUCGACUCUCGGCGUCGGCGACUUCUACAUCAUCGUGCACGUGGGCGAGACAUGCACGCCCUGCGGGCACUGAGCGCGCAGCGCACCCGACUGACUGCAGGUGUGACCUCGGUGCCAACAAGCACACGAUAGGCGCUGCUGCUGCUGCUGCUGCUGUACUCCGGUCGCGAUGUCUACACUAUUUGUGUAGCUGUUCCCGAGGCAGACGGACCGGGUUGGGCUUGAAUUGAAAUCCGGUGUCUGGCCACCAAUAGUGUACCGCCGUAUCAGGGGUAUUGUACCUGUAUUGCUCGUGCCCGGACAGGAGGACAACGUCCUUUCGUUUUGCCAGGCCUCCUUUCGUUUUGCCAGGCUCUGUCGAGCGCAGCCCGCACGAGUAUCCCCCGCGCCUGAUGCCUGAAACAGAUUCCACUUCUUCGUCCUAUCGCGUCCCCUCUUCUUCCCGCCGUCCGUGUGUCUGCUCUGCACGUACAUCCCUGAAGGAAAAGACAUUCCUG